UCUAGUGUGAACGGCGCUCUGUCUCUCUCCCCCAUACGACACCAGAUGGUGUUGUGGCUAUAGCCACCUCGCUCAGGCCUGCAAUUGCAGCUGGUAAAGUCUAUUACUUUCGAUCCCGCAUUUGCGUUUUACUCAGUUUCCUAACUGGUGAGGUGUAGGAGAGUAUAUCACGACGGAGCUGCGAGUAUUCCGGCUAGAUAUUUCAUCACACGCACUCACCACUCAUCCAAACCAGAGAUGGAAAUGGUAUUUCUUUGGCUGCUGCUCGGGUUCUCACCCACUUUUGCCUGGAUGGCGCACUUCAGGCCCUCCAGCCUGAAUCUAACCAUGGAUAGGGGUGUGGAGGUACAGCUGUCGCUGGAAAAUCUGGCACCUUCUACGCUUCAGCAGCCGGAGCGCUACAGCUUUCAGGUGGAGAGCCAAGAUCCGAAUCUGGCCAGCAUUCCCAAAGACAACUCCAGCAUUUUGCUGAAGCUCUUCAGCGUGGAAACCCGCGACUGGAGCGGCCACAUCCACGUGGAUGGCGUAUUCCUGGGCCAAACCAAGAUCAGUGUCCGGUUGAUCGACCACACUCUCAACAAAAGCGAGCUCCCGACCCAAUGGAGCAAUGACAGCCAGCUGGAGGUGAAGGUUCUGCGUCCCGUCCGGGUCAUCGACCACAUCUUUCUGGGCUCCAUUAUCCUCCUGAUGUCGCUGCUGUACAUAAACUUUGGAGCCGCCCUCAAUCUGGAGGUCCUCAGGGGGCUCAUUACUCUGCCCACUGGUCCCUGCAUCGGAUUCGUGAUGCAGGUCAUCGCAAUGCCCCUGCUGAGCUACGCCCUCGGCGUUUUCAUCUUCCCCAACGCCCCGGCCAUGCAGCUGGGCCUCUUCUUCACCGGCAUCUCGCCCAGCGGCGGAGCGUCGAACACGUGGAGCGCGGUGCUGGGCGGAAAUAUACACCUCUCGGUGCUAAUGACGACGGUGAGCAAUGUGGCGGCCUUCGCCACCAUGCCCCUCUGGAUCCUAACCCUCGGCCAGUUGAUCUUCGAUCGCGCUGAGAUUCCAACACCCUACUCCAAGAUUGGCACCUACUGCGGCGCCCUCAUCGUGCCCCUGCUGGUGGGGGUGCUCAUCCAGAAGCGAUCCGCGAAGGUCACCCGGGUGCUGGUCCGUCUGCUGAAGCCCAUCUCCGCGUGCGUGAUCCUGUUCAUCAUCGUGUUUGCGGUGAUCACUAACUUCUACAUCUUCUACUUGUUCUCGUGGCAGAUCGUCUUGGCUGGCAUGGCGCUGCCCGGGCUCGGCUACAUCUUUGCCUGGCUGGCGGCCAAACUGCUGCACCAGAACUCCGCCGACGCCCUGACCAUAGCCAUUGAAACGGGCAUCCAGAACACUGGAAUCGCAAUCUUCCUGCUGACCACCACGCUGCCGCGACCGGAGGCAGAUCUCACCACAGUGGUGCCCGUUUCCGUGGCUAUAAUGACGCCGCUGCCUCUGCUGGGUAUCUAUCUCUACAAGCGACUGUGCCUGAGAAAUCGAACUGACGCAGCCACCCCGCAAUCGGAAAGAAUUGUUUGA